AUGCAAAUCGACGCCGAUCAAUCACCGUCGCGACAUGGAGACUAUGGCGAGACGGUACACCAUGAACAACAUCAGCAGCUGGAUCAACAAAGCUAUCACCGGCCACAAAAUAGCGCUCCCCAACCGCCAAUGGUCCAUCCAGACAUGCUCUACGUCGAUUUUGCUCCUUUGCCCGAUGGAACAUUCCAAUUUACCCCAGAUCUUACUCUUCUCGAUGUCCCGGACUGGCCCCAGCUAGAAGCUUCUCAAGCAGCCGACCUCACUACGAUUGCACAACCCAAAGAUGCCUUGUCGGAAACAAACGACAUGAACGAAAAUUUCAAAUUCAACGGACAGAUGAAUUUUACGAACACCCAGUCGAUGCCAACCGCCGACCCGCCGAGCAAUCUCCCUCUUCUGCGGGAGGAAAAGCCUGCUUCGAUGCCGACCUUUACCGUGGAUCACUACAUCCACGCAUCGAUCUUGAAGGAUCUCGCCGAGCGACUUAUGCCCCAACAUGUAACAGAGGAAUUACCACCACCAAAGAUUUUCCAGAGCUUCUUGUCCAGUUACGUCGAAUGUUUUCACGGCCACUUGCCAGUCAUCCAUCUGCAAACAUUUUGCUUGAAGACGACCCCAAGCCCUCUGAUUCUGGCCAUGUGCAGCAUUGGGGCGCUGUACCGCCUCGAUCGGCGUCGGGCGAGACGGUUAUACGACAUGACUACAAAGUCCAUCGCAUCGGCCCCUGUCUCAUAUCAACACGGCUCACCAUCAUUAGACGAAUUCCCGCUAUGGCUUGUCCAGACAAAGCUACUUCUGAGCGUCUUCGCCGUCUUUAGCGGGGAUGUUGCCUUGCUUUAUGGACGGAUGCGUCUAGCCCUUCUGGAAGAAACUACCGACCUAUUAAACAUAACCUGGAAGGCCUGGAUACAACGCGAAUCAAGAAAGAGACUCUUGGGUGGAGUUUACAUCAUGAGCACCCUCGGCAUGGUUAUGUACGAUGUUAACCCCGGUUUCAACGCAUCGCAAGACCUGGAUAUUGAGGUUUUCCAUGACGAGAGCCUGUGGAAUGCUGCAUCAACGAACGAGUGGAGGGAAUUGCGAAUUCACCACAUCAAGCAAGAGUACCCCACGCUGAGAGAAGUCCUGGCAGACGUCAUGUCGGAGGAUCUCCAUGGUGCAAAGACCGAGCCCUAUCACGUUUCUCCUCUCUCCGCUCUUCUUGUCAUGCACGCUGUUGUUGUACACAUGCGGCAGAUUCUGCAGGUCGCUCAAGCGUUUGCACGAGACUCGUUCAUUUCGAUGCCAGGCCGCGACUUACUCGGCUCAUCGCUCCUGGAUACAGCAUUGCGAUCGUUGGCGAGGUGUGAAACGCUUCUCAAAGGUGGACUGCACCAGAACCCUCCAGAAUUGAACGACGAUGAAGCAGAAACAUCGUUGGUGUUCAAUUGCCAGGCGAUGUUGAGAAUUGCAUACAUCAGGCUCUUCAAUGCUGCGAUUGGGUUCAACAAACUGAGCUUGAUCACCGAGGAUCCGGGUGCCGUCGAGGUUUCCGUCUCCUUAUUUGCAACUGCAAAGCUAGAGCGAAGCGCGCAUUUGCUCAACGCCGUCGGUACAUCGUUUGAAGGCUUCUGUACUCCGGUUAGAAUGGGCCAUAUGUUGGUGCGCAAGACGGCGGCGUUCCGCUGGGGAGUCGAACAUGCCGUUGCAGGCUGGGACUGCGCGCUUCUUGUUACCAAAUGGGUACACUCCGUAGAGAUAGACUGCCUGAAUCACAUUCAGCCCAGCCCAGCAGAAAGCGAGCUCCUGCGGGGAAUGAAGAAAGUGUUGGAGGAGACUGACUACGAAUUUGACGAGAGCAAAUCGUUGGCGGCAGGGUUGGCGAGAACAUGGAGCAUGUUUCUUCAAGAUGUAUGGGUGUGGGGAAUCACACCUAGAAUGGGCAGCAUCCUUGAGCGACUGGCUACUGCUUAUGAGCGAGUUAACGAGGCAAACCGCCGAUGA